UAGACAGGCAAAACUUUGAUUGACAUUUCAAUUAAAUUAUAGACAAACUGGGUGUCGCUGGCGGCGAUGUUUCGGGUGCAGAAAGUUUUGCUGGACGAAUUCGAGGAGAUCUACGAGCCGGUUCUGGUGGAGAAUCCCUUCACCCUGGUGGAUAUCCGCGGAGUGGGACUGCGCCAAUAUCAUAUAGGCCUCACCUGCAAUUGCCUGCUCUUCGGCUGCGACAACUUUUCCAAGUACGGGGAUGAGCUGAGUUUCGUGGACCGCGGAUUGGACCCGGAAAUCGAGAGUUUCGAGCUGGUCAGCAUUCUGCCGCUGCAGUUAGUCCGGUUUCACUUUUUCCGAAAGUCCAACCGGUAUCUCAUGAUGCUGAACACUGUCGCGCCGCUGGGAAAACCCGAGACGAUGCUGGAGCACCCGAUGAUCUUUGAGUUUGGCGGGCACAUCUACAAGCAGCACUUCUGGCACACCUGGCGGGAGCGGGUGGCCACCAUACGGGUGAUGCAGCCCCUCUAUAGCCAGAUAACUGGCUCCUCGCCCUUCUCCAGCAGCGAUGUUCAGCUGGACGAGGAACCCACCGUCCAGGUGCAGGUGCAUCCUGUCCCAAGGACCCCCUCCGUCUACAAUGCCUGCCAUGCGGCAGUCGGGGAUUUUGGCUAGCCAGCGUAAGAGGCUUUUGCCCCGUUUCCAUUUUCGGCCAAAGGAUUGGGCCCUACGUUUCUAUUAACAGAUUUAACCCGUUUCCAUUUGGUUGCUGGACCUAAACUUUCAAUUUGGCCAGCAGCCUGUUUAUUUAUUUAUAUUAAAAGCAAAUCACUCUUCCCACCUAAA